AUGCUCAAUUCAGACCAGACCGAGAUUGACCUCCAGCCCACCCAUUCGGAGACUGAGUCGGUGUUCAGUGACUGUGGGGGAGGCCGGGGUGGACCUGUAGAAGAUGCUGGUUCCCUCAGUCUAUGUGGCCAGUCCCGGGGGCCCGAGUCCAGUGAUCACAUGAAGAAGGACCUUCAGCAUCUCAGCCGUGAGGAACGACGGCGUCGACGGCGAGCCACGGCUAAAUAUCGGACGGCCCAUGCCACGCGGGAGAGGAUCCGCGUUGAGGCCUUCAACAUGGCCUUUGCUGAGCUCCGCAAGCUUUUGCCCACCCUCCCUCCAGAUAAGAAGCUGUCCAAAAUUGAGAUUUUGCGACUGGCCAUCUGCUACAUCUCGUAUCUGAACCACGUCCUGGAUGUCUGA